AUGUCUGGAUUAGGAAUCGACUUUGGCAAUGAGUCUGAGGCCUACUCCACCGAUACAGGCUCUCGGGUCUCCGCCGCCUCCACCUCGACAUCUGGUUUCCACAGCCGCACUCGAGCUCAUAUGAUCCCAAAGAAGUCAUCCAUGAACAAGAUGCGCGGCGCGAGGCCCAAGACCGCCGAAGAGGACGCCAGGCGUGUCCGCAUCGUUUCUGGCGAGCCUAGCGUGCUUGGCCAUGGUGCUUAUACCGACGAGGACUUUAUGUCACCGAUCAGUGUAGAGGACAUCGUUGUGCAGCCGCACAAUCUUCACAGUCUUAGCGCUGCAGUUGCUGUAAUGAACUGCUACAGUACCGACACUGCAACGAGCAGCACUGAAACCGAGACUGAUAGCGAUCAAAGCCCCACGCUCACCGAGUCUUCGGUCACAAGCUCCUCCUCGGGUGCGAGCAGCGCUCAGAGGAUCAACACCCUCAAGAAGCACAAUAGCCAUGCCGAUCUCUCGACCGAAACUGUCAGGGCCAGUCAAGCCAGGCCGGAUCCAAACAAUGGACGACCAGUGUCGGAACAUAUUGUCAUUGAACACGGCAGGUCUGUGCACAAGAGCCAGAGCAACACUAGUGUGGCAUCUGGUUACCGAUCAGAUGGGGGCUCCAGUCUGGGUCGAUCAGCUGAGAUCCCACGCGGGGUUGGUCGUAGUGUUGGUCGAGGCGGACACCACAAGCUCAGCAUUCGAGGUGUAGCCAGCCGUCAAGGUACCCUGCAAGGCCGUCUUGGUCCUAAAGCGGGAACCACCCAGACGACCAAUUCUUACACUGCCUCGCAGCAAGAGCCUGUCUCUGACGAAGAAACCGAGGUCAUGGUCCCCGAUGGCUUCGGAGGACACACACGCGUCAAGCAAUCUCGAUCUCGACCUGCUGCCGUUGAGCCAGCCGCACCUCCGCCUGCUCUUCUCCAACGCAUCGAUAUGUCUAUUCUGAAAGAAGCUCCAUCUCGAUCCGCCUCUCAGGCUGCCUCUCAUCAGCACUCCGAUGCCCGACCUUCUGCCGCCAAAUGGCGCGUGGGCAGCUUCUAUGGCCCUGACGGCUCCGAGACGGCUCGCAUCGAUCACGAGACAGGUGCCAUCAGCGAGCUUGCCUCCCAAAUCGGAGGCUCAGAGGCUGGACCUGGCGCUGUUCCUUCGCGCAUCAGCUCGAGCAAGGCUUCUUCCGUCUCGCUCUCACGCUCACAAACCUCGAGCGUUGGCCUGAAAGCUAGUAUGAUGAAGAGUCUCACCAAUCAAGCCAAUGCCCAUGCACAAGCUGCUGCUGAGCAGGGUGACGGUCCAGUAGAAGGCUCGACGAAAGCAGCCGCGCUGGAGCAGAACAGGAGAUCUCGCACUUCUCUGGCCAGUGUCUCAAUGCGAAGCAAGCGUGGCCUGCAGGGUUUGGAGGAGGCCGAACGAGGUGGUGCUCUGGUGAGCCUUGACAAUUACCGCAUGACAUACGACACCGGAUUUCCCAUCUUGCCUCAUGAGAUCAAGGCUCUGGAUCAAGACAGUAUCAUGGGAUCGGUUCGCCUUGGUGCUGAAGCCCAGCCGAUGAGGUCCUCUUUAAGUCAAGGAGGUAUGCAGCCUUUGUCUUUCGCACAGAGCCAUCUGUCUUCAUCGCCUCUGAAGGCAGGUGAAAGCGAGACGCAAGGAGGCAAAGCAAUAGAAAAAGUGAAGAACCGCCCACGCCGCAGCCUCUCCGAAACCAAAGUCAACGCUGCCCUGCUCGAACGUCACGGUACGCUCCUCAGUACGACCGCCAACCCUCUUCGUCGGAACAAGGAGCUCAACCGCCUCCUUGGCAACUCUGACCGGAAGUUACCCGCUUCUGCCGCAAAGCCUAUGACUAGCGAGGCACAACUCAAGAACAAUCUCAAGCGCAGCAACGCGGUCACGUCAGCCGUUGCUCCUCCGCCAGCCGCGCUUGAGCAAGGCAAAGCGAACAAAGCGCGUGUCGAAGUGGAUCUCGUCCUUGAGUCGGAUCUAGUCGUCGAAGGAGGCACUCUGCAGGGUCGUAUGCAGAUCCGCAUCCGCAAGGGAUCCGAAAAAGAAGGUGGUGUGUUCUUGGCCCAGCCCAAGAUCCGCGUUGUCGGAUUCGAGGAGCUGCUUGCUGACGACACGAGGUACAUCUUCUACCAUCACGCAUCGGUCAUUGACGGUGAUCGAUCGAACAACGGUCCGUCCGAGCCUUACUACUUGCAUGGCUCACCGACUCUUUCCUCUCCCGAGACAGCUUCUUUUUCGGCUCUGGCCUGCUUCAACGGUGAUCCUGAUGCUGAGGGAUAUGCGGAAGGUAAAAUCGGAUCGCACUCCAUCCCAUUUUCCCUCGAGCUCCCCGUGUCGAAGGGCGUCAAGGGUAGCUACAGAGGCAAGAACGCCGUAGUGCGCUAUAUUGUGAUCGGAUCCGUCAAGCUAAAGUCUGCUUCUGGAGCCAAUCGAUCCAUUGCGCACUUCUACCGACAUGUUGAUCUGUUCCCUUACCUCAACCCAGCGGUCAUACUCUCAAGCGCACUCAAGCCAAUCCAAGUCACCAGCUCGAAAGGUCUCUUCCUUGGCGGAUCUGGCAAAGUACAUCUCAUGGCUAGUCUGCAUCGCAACACUUGGGUCGCAGGUCAACGCGUCUACAUUAACGUCGGGAUCCAAAACGACACUUCGAAGAAGAUCAACGGCAUGACCCUCUCCCUCAUUCGCACUGUGACGCUUUACAAGCCGCGUCCGGAGCUAGAUAUGGAUAAUCAUUCUGCGAGGCGCGAAUUGGAUCCAGAUGCGUGCCAGACUUCGACUACACGCAAGAAGAUUGCAGAAGAGGAGCUGGAGAUGGGACAGAAGGGCAGCCGAGGUGUCGUCACUGCGAGAGGUUGGUGGACUGGUGUAGAGCCGGGACAGCGGGUGGAGUCUUGGCAUUAUAUGCAUAUUCCUGGUGACGCGCUGUCCAUCUCGCGUGGUAGACACGUUGAGGUGGUGUAUAGUAUCAAGGUCUCUAUCGGUAGCUCGCUUUCUUCGGAUGUGAGCGUAGAGCUCCCGGUGCGGGUGAUCAACUUUGUCUCCCUCGAUCCGCCCCCUCUUAAGAAGGCAGGUAGCAAGGAUGGAGCGACACGAAGCUGGGCUGCUCCAGGAAGCGUGUUCAGUGAGGCUAAGUCGCCUAGUGGUGGUAGUGUGAGUGAGAGGGCUGCGGGCGGAGAUGCUGAUCAGAUGGUGGCAAGGCUCAAGACUGUUGAUGUUAUGCGGUCGCCUGGUAAGACUGAGAUCUCGCUUCAGAACUAUGACCAAGAUCAGCAAGCUGCUCGUAUGCUCUCUCCAGAUGAGGUACGGGAAGAGCAGCAACGACAUCUGCAGCAUCAGAAGUCGCUCAACUUCAUCAACCACGCUAUUCGCAGUGCGGCUGCUCGUCGAGGAGUUGAUGUCACUCCGACUACCAAUUCUUCCUCUGCGCGUACGCCGAGUCCCGCCGGAUUGGGUAUCCGGGUACUUGAUAGCAGGUCCCUCUUGGAGAGUACUAGUGGCCACAGUCCCAGCGGAGGCAGUAGUACAGACGGCGUCUCUGGUGCUGAUGAAGACCGCGCCGAUGACGAGUUUGAUGAGGAAGAGGACGACAGUACCCAAACCCCCAUGGCUACCACUCGUCAAGGCCACUGCAACACUGUCUACCCACGCGGAUGUGAACCCUACGAGCAACACCACCUUGAAGCACACCAAGCUGCCCACCACCUCUCCUCCAACUUUUCCCAGCUGCCCGUCACUCUUCAUCUGCCCGGUGGCAUGCACCACAUGCAGCAGGUGCAAAUGCAGAUGUAUCAGAUGGCUGCUGCUAAUCCUGCUUACUUCCAGCGUGCGAAUACAGUCGCCGCGGCAGGGGCAAUGGGUGGUAUGCUCCCCAUGCUGAGCAUCAACAACGCCAAUGCAGUAUCGCUUGAUGAGAUCGGAGAUGAUUACGAUGAUGAGGAGCGGGAGGAUCGCACGCUGGCACUGAACGACGAGUCGAUGGCAGAGAUGAACAUGGUCAUUGGGAGCGCGAGGUUGGAUGAUGAUGUUGAGUAUGGUCAGUUUGAUGAUAGUAUGUACGCGGAUGAGGCUAAUAUGGGACCUGUUUUAGAGGAGGAGGAGGUACGGGAUCAGGGCGAGGAGGAAGGUGGGGCUAAAGGUUGGUCCCUUCGUCGCAGAGGCUCUUCAGAAGACGAACAGGCGGAGGAUGAGAACAGGUGGAUCGCAGGGGAGGAAGCAGAUGAUGUAGCAGAAGUGUCAUCGAUUAUGCAGACUGUGAGCAUCGCUCCUGGCCCGAAUGAGGGAAGGACUGCACCUCCUCCAUCUACUGCUUCUGCUACCUCUUCAUCUGUCUCGCCCGUCACUGCUACGGAGCGAAGGUCGAGCGAAAUGUCCCCCCUUGCACCACCUUAUAUUCCGAUGUGUGGCGAUUCUCGCACGCUCUCCUCCUCUCCUCCAUCCCAACCCUACCCCGUCACUGCACCUCUCAAGAUGAACAAAGACCCCUCUGCUCAACUGCCGCAACAAGUGAUUCGAGCAGCCCCCUCAUCCGAGAAGCUCAUCGAACGAUGCGGCAAGAUCCCCAUCACCCGUAUCCACGCUCGCUCUGCAACUGCGGAGGGAGAAGCGCUCAGCACAGCAAAUCUCAAACGUCACUCUGGCAACCUUUGCUUCCGUUAUCCGCAGGGAUUGUCUCAAGGUCAGCAGCAGAGAGGUCACAGGACCACGCACAGUGUUACUGGUCUCAAGCCGUUGAUUUUGAUACCGAGGGCGAUUACAAGUGAUAAGAAGAGUAGUGCGGGUAGUAGGACCCCUGAGAGCGCUACUUUUUCGCCCAGCGAGAUGGGAGUUGGAAAUGGAGAGAGGGAGGAGAGCGUCAUCAGUGAAGAAGCUCAAAGUGGACCGCAGGAGAUGGAAGUAUCGGAUGGAGGUUUACCCAGGUCUUCAACUCUGCAAUCCAUCGCCACGCACGCAAAAUCACAACAGACACUCAGACACUCAGACAGCACCUCGUCACUCGUUAGUGAUGCAGGAACUACAACACCUUCAGGUGCUCUAUCGCGUUCGCAUUCGACACACAACCUUAGAGGAGCAGCAGUAAUGGUUCCUUCAGUAAGGAAUAAGAUUGCGAUGUUGGAGAGUAGAAGUGCAGCCUUGCGCGAGUUUACAGCUGUUGUGGGAGCUGGGAGUGGGGGUAACAGUCCCGCUGGCUCGCCCAGUAAGUCUGGUUUAGCAACUUCUACUUCUACUGGUAGAGUAGCACAGCUGACAGAAAGAGCGGAAAGAGCGGGCAGUACAGGGGGUUUGACGCCGUCAGGUUCGAGGUUGGGUAGAAAGGGUAGUUUCAUGUCCGUAGCUGAGUCGGAGGACGGUGGAGGAAGUAUGGUUAGUAGUGUGGUCAGUGUGCCUGAUUAUAUGAAGGCUGCGGCUGGUAGUGGCAGAGGGGGGGUUGGGUUUAAUGCUCCGGUGCUGAGGAAUGUUGGUUAG